CAAGCAGUUGUUCUCUUAUAGUACUCUCUGACAAUCCACAGAAUCAUCUCAUUUAAUGAGCACAGGAAGUCUGCAUCUGCAGUGAGAGUUGAAUUAUGAGAUUUUUUCUUUGUUGUCUUUUCCACAGAAACUCUUCAUAAGAUGGGAUAAGAUGCCAUUGCUGCUGGAAAAAAUCAGUUGAAAUGUGAAACUUUUUGAUUAGGACAAACUGACACAAUGAACAGUACAGCAGGAAGCUGUAGCAGUCCUGCUUCUGGCACAUCCUCUGAUACUCCCAGUGACCUUUUCAGAGACCUCUUGACAAAACUGAAAGACUGUCAUGACAUAGAAGUGCAAGGUUUACAGUUUAAAGUAAGCAAGCUAAAGAAAGAAAGAUGUUUAGAUGCACAAAGACUGGAAGAGUUCUAUUCAAAGAAUCAACAGUUAAGAGAACAACUGAAAGCCCUGCAGGAUAAUGUGAAAAUUCUGGAGGACAGACUCAGAGCAGGUUUAUGUGACAGAUGUGCUGUAACUGAAGAACACAUGAGGAAAAAACAAGUAGAAUUCGAAAAUAUACGUCAGCAGAAUCUGAGACUUAUAACUGAACUAAUGAAUGAUAGAAAUGUCCUCCAAGAUGAAAACAAGAAGCUUUGUCAGCAGCUGGAGCAACUUACUAAAAAUUCAAUGUACAAAUUCUGUAAUCCUGUGGAGAAUACUGACCAAGAAGAUGGAGUUAUCCCAGAUUCACCUAUUCAUCAGAUCUCCUUGUCAAUGCCCAACAGAAUGAGAAGGAAAAAAGACUGUCGACAUGUUCGAUAUGCUGAGAAAACUCCAAAGGAUUCCGAUAAAACGUCACCCAGUAACGAGAUCAGAAAUUUUGCAAUGUGUCCAUUACUGCAGCAUGGUGAUAGUGAAGAUGUCUUGGCACCAGAAACAUGUCCACUGGAUUCUUCUGCUAAAACAACUAGCCAUUUAAGAGGAUUUACUCAUUCAGAAAAUCCUGAGGUAACUACUGAUGUUGCUGAAACUGUUGGACUUUGCAGUUUUGAUGGAACUGAAUCUCGGCGUGUGGUAAACCUAUGUGGAAAUGAUGACUUAACUUUGAUUCAGAAGUGUUGUGUUAAACAAGAAUGUGACUCCAAAAGACCACUCUCCACUGAUUCAGUGCUGUUAAAGGAAAUAGGUCAUAGGUUGACUAGCACAAAGAACAAAGACCUACUCACUCAAGAAAGGAUCUCUCCUGUGUUUGGUGGGCCAGCCAGGGCUAGUAAAUAUUUGCCUAUUUUAGUUGAAACUGAGUCUACAUCUGUUCUUGGGCAACAUGCUCAGAAUGUACCAGGUUAUGGUCGUCUGAGGACAAAAACAGAAGAUGCUGUUUCUCUUGCACCUUUAAAUGUGGAAAGCAAUAGUGGUCAAGGAACAAAAUAUAAUGGGAAAAAAAAGAAAAGUGAAGAUGACAAUCUACUUAGCAGAAACUGUAAAGAUUUGGUAAACGGUGAAGAAGAUGCAUUUGACAAGCCAUUGGAUUUGUCAGACCAUCUUGCUGGUGAAAGACCACAAGAAAAUAGAGAAAACCGUGAGUGGCUAAAGCAAGCUACUUUGCUUGAUGUACUGAAAGCCUCAGUGAAGAUGGUUUCCUCUGCACAAAAACAUUGUGGUGUCAAUGAUUUUUCAAGUAAAAACUCCACAGAGAAUAGUCACUUAGAAGAAGCAGCAAGGAGAUCACAUGAACAUGAUGGUCAAGAUGUAAAUGUCAAGGAAAAAGUGAAUCUGCCCAACUUCAAAAAGCCGAUGGCUCCAAUUAAGUUAGAUACAGAAGGGAACCAUGUUGACAUCAAGCAAACAUCAGAUGCGCAAGAACCAAAGAAGAAAAAAGUCAGAACAUCCAAAGGGGAUUCUGAAGCUGCUUCAGUGUUGCAGCUUAACCCUUGUCUAUCGGCAAGGAUGAUUCUGCAGCAGAAACAAGAUGAUGGUGAUUGCAACCCAGAAGACAUGUCUUGGAGUAUAGAUCCAGGUGCAGAUCUUUCCCAGUAUAAAAAGGACAGUUCUGUUAUUGAGCUAAAGAAUGGGAUUAACUGCAAGUCUUUUGGUGAAACUGUUGACAUGGACUGCACUUAUGUAAGCGAAAGUAUGUUGAUGAAAGGGACGAACCAACAAAAUAAAGAAAAUAUUUCUGAUAUAGGAGAAAAAGCAAAUGAUAGUUUGGGAGAUAUUUUUGACCAAACAAUCUAUGGAGAGUAUGAGUCUUGUCCUCAAGACAGAACUUCUUCAAUGGAUUCUGAAAAUGAUGACAAUUGUAUACAAGAUGAAGAGGACAACAAGCUGGAAGAUAAAAAUGGAAGUGAAGAAGAAAGAAAACAAACCGGACCAAAAACAUGUUUAAAAAACAAUGAAAGAAAUGAUGAAGUUUUACCAUUUCCUCAUGUGAAAGUGGUGCGUAAUAAAGAGGAGAGAAGGAAAAUGACUGGCCACACAUGUAAAGAGUGUGAAAUUUAUUAUGCAGAUCUUCCAGAAGAGGAAAGGCAGAAGAAGUUGUCUUCUUGUUCGAGGCAUAGGUUUCGAUACAUACCACCUAACACGCCUGAAAAUUUCUGGGAGGUGGGAUUUCCUUCAACACAGACUUGUGUUGACAGAGGGUAUAUUAAAGAGGAAACUGCACCCCCUCCACAGAGAAGUAGAAGGCGGCGGCCAUAUAAUGCAGUGUUUUCUCCUAAAGGAAAACAGCAGAGAACUUGAAAACUGACAUAAUUCCAAUUAUAAAUACUCU